AAAAAACACCCAAACUCAACAUGUAUGGACGUGUAUAUGUUCUUACUGAAUUAAAGCGGUGUUAUUGGCUGCUUUGUUUCAAUUUCUCUUGAGAAUUUGUCCCACAUCUUCGGAGCUGCGCCUUAGGUUUCGUUUCACCGAUAGUCCGGUCUUCUGAGGAACAGCCGUUACUAAGUCUGUUAUCUGGAAGAGGCGUUUACAUAUCCGCAUUAGCAGCCAGUCCAGCAGCAGCAGUAGUCCAUAACUUCGCAGGAUGAGCAGGAACAACAGAAAUACGCGACUCCCUCCUUAUAUCCACGCGGCUGCCCUUGACUUUCUAGAAUUUCUGCAUGAGACGAAGAGGCUCGGCAUCACCGACAGGGCUCGGAUUCAGGAAAUCUACAACAGCGAGUUCAAGCUCAGAGAGAGGGAUGGUAUCAGAGAUCCCAAAUUCUCCUCAGUCCUCUACGCGCUCAGACAGAGCAGCAAAGCUCGGGUCAGCGGGAAUGGACGGGUUUACCUCUGCAGGAAUGGGCGAGUGGUGUUACGGGACCAGUGGUGGAGACCUCGUAACAGGCAGCAGAGUUCCAACAGAGGCUCUCCUCUGCACUGUAAUGACCCAGAGGUUUCCUCUUCUUCCACUCCCUCAGCCCCAGGACCUGUUGGUGGUGUUAGAGCCAGAAGGAAACUAGCUGAGGAAAUCCUCAACAAGCUGAAAAAAGACAGGUCAGAGUUUGUGGCUGAUAAAAAUGGAGUUCACAUCAGCUCUGAGACAGAAAUGGUAGAUGGCAAAGUCUGCUUCUGUGUGGAGCGUGAAGAGGUUUAUGAGCAGAAGCUGUUUGUGGAGAACAGGGGAACAGACAGUGUUUACUUCACCUACUAUUCACCACUUCACUGGAUACACUGCUUCAUGUUUAAGGACCCUGAGAGAGUCACACGCAGCAAUCCUCUUCACCUCAGCCCUGGUGACACCUAUGAGAUCAAAGUGAAGUUCCAUGCAGAGCAUGUGGGUUUUUACAGGGUUACGGUGGCAUUUGAGUUCAAACCAAGCAUGCAGCCAUCCUCCAAACCAUUCCACAUUGUGCGCUUUAUUGAGGCAGAGUUCAGGACGCAGUUGGCUGCAGAGCUGGCGCCUGUCGAGUGCUACAGACAUCCCAAAGUGAACAGUGUACAAGCUGUGAACUUUACGGUGGACGAAGGAAUGCAACCAGAGGGCCUGGCCAUAAAUCAUCUUAAAAAUGAGGUCCUGUUGCUGCAGUAUAAGUGUCCAUCUUACAUCAAUGAUCUGACCACGUUCCUGAAAAACUGUUCAAGGGCUUCCAGCUCCCAUCUCCAGGACAUAAAGUCACUGCUGGAGUCUCCUCUGAGUUUCCAUAACUAUGCUGAGCGCUUCCAAAUGCUCCUUUACCUGGAGGAGUCUCAGAUGCAUGUAGAUAUCGAGAGCUACAAUAAGGAAGAUGUCACCAUGAAAAAGGACACAUUCAGUAAGAAACUGCUGGUUCUCAAAGUUCCAGGUGUUACUGAAAACCGACCAUCAGUGCUGAGAGGAGAUCACUUGCUGCUCACCAAGAGCAGAGACCUGCAUCUGCAGUAUGUUACCAAAUACAAAGGCUAUGUGCACCGUGUGGAGCUCGACCAGCUGAAACUGGGCUUCUCCUCAAGGUUCUUGGCCAGCUUCAUAGAUGAUAUGAAGUUUCGUGUGGAGUUCACUGUUAAUAGGCUCCUGAUUAGACUCCAGCAUCGUGCUGUGCAGCUAGCUGUCGAGCACAAACUGGAAGAGGUCCUGUUUCCUACAGGGUCGAAUUCCAUGACCAUGAGGGUAGAACUUUCACUGAGACUCUUUGAUAGAAGUCUGGAGCAGAAUUAUGAACAGUACACUGCCGUAUGCAACAUUGUAGCGGGUGUGUCCAGGCCGGCCCCCUACCUGGUGUUUGGGCCCCCAGGCACUGGCAAAACAGUCACUAUGGUGGAGGCCAUCAAACAAGUAGAGAAGAGUGAUGCAGAUGUGCGUAUCCUGGUGUGUGCCCCCUCUAACAGUGCUGCGGAUCAGCUGUGUGAAAAAUUGCUACAACAUGUAGACUCUUACAAAGUCUACCGGAUGUACGCCUGCAGCCGUGACCCUGAACUUGUGCCUCUUGAUCUGCAGAAUAGCUGUAACCUUAAGGGUGAAAUGUAUGAGUUUCCCAGUAAGGAGGAGCUGAUGGAGUAUACCAUUCUAGUCACUACCGUGUGCACAGCUGGCAGACUGGUCACUGGUGGGUUGCCUGUGGGUCAUUUCACUCAUAUCUUUGUGGAUGAAGCUGGUCAUGCAGUGGAGUCUGAGGCCAUUAUAGGCAUUGCUGGUCUGCUGCGAGCAGAGACAGGGCAGCUGGUUCUGGCUGGAGAUCCGAAGCAGCUGGGACCCAUUCUUCGGUCUCCACUCGCUAUUAAGUAUGGACUAGGUCUGUCACUUCUAGCUAGAUUGAUGACCAAAAAUCCUCUCUAUCAGAAAGGAGAGACCGGAUUCAACACUCGCUAUGUCACCAAGCUGCUGCGCAACUACAGGUCUCACAAGUCCAUCCUUAAGAUUCCUAAUGAGAUGUUCUAUGAUGGAGAGCUGCAGCCGUUUGCAGACGAGUUCAGCACCAGCUUGUACUGCAACUGGGAACACCUUCCCAAGAGAGGUUUUCCUGUGAUUUUCCAUGGCGUUCCCGGGAAAGAUGAGAGGGAGUCGAACAGUCCGUCAUUCUUCAACACUAGCGAGAUCGUCGUCGUUGUCAGCUACCUGAAGAAACUGCUGCUGUCACAGGCCAAGAAGGGCAUUGCCAAGAUCUCACCCAGAGACAUCGGCAUCAUCACCCCAUACAGGAAACAGGUGGAAAAACUGAGGAAGGCCAUCAGAACAUGUGAUAAGGAGCUUAAAGCCUACAGGAGUAUUGAAGAGCUGAAGGUCGGCUCAGUGGAGGAGUUUCAGGGUCAGGAGCGGAGGGUCAUCAUUGUGUCCACUGUCCGCAGCACUAAUGAAUACAUCAAAAUUGACAAAGAUUUCAAUAUUGGCUUCCUUAACAAUGAGAAGAGAUUCAAUGUUGCUAUGACACGAGCAAGGUCCCUGCUCAUUGUGGUGGGAAACCCCAUCAUUCUCAGCAGUGAUUCCACUUGGUCCAGGUUUAUUGAGUACUGUACUGUUGAGGGAGGCUACACUGGUUUGAACCGUGCUAUUGUAGAAGGCACAGAGGAGGUGGUGGCACGAUUGACAGCUCUCAGCAUUCAAAAGGAGGCUGAAGUGGAUACUGUGAAUACUGAGGAGAGUGCUGUCCAGCAGUACGUAAACCCAGAGUGGAGGAAUGACGAGUGACAACCCCCCACCCACCAUUUAAAGAUUCACACAUGAAAGAAUAGAAUUGUAUAAAGAGGGUUUAUAGAUUGGAUAUGGAAAAUCAGCAUUGACCAUGUUUAAACGGGUCACUGGUAGUGCAUCAGUGUAAAAUCACAGGGGAAGUAUUGGCCACUGUAACGUUUAAUGAAAACUUUGUUAAAUUUGAAAGUUGAAAAUGAUGGCAUUUUAACUUAACUAUAUUUAUCGAGAAUAUUUGUAACUGUAGUAUACAAGUGGAUGUAAAGUUCUAAAUGAUUUCUUCUUUUGCUAAGUUGUGACAUUUAAAUGUUUCAGAUCAUCCAAGUAAUUUUAAUAUAAGAUAAAGACAACAUGAGUAAACACAAAAUUCUGCUUUUAAAAGAUAAAGAUUUACUUAAAACAACUGUAACAUCUGCAGUCAAACAUUUAUGAUAACUUGCAAAGAUUCUUUUACAUCACUGUGAAGGAAUUUUGGCCCACUAUUCUUUGCAAAUUGUUUCAUUUGGCUGCAGUGUAGGGUCGUGAAGCCUGAACUACCCAUUUAGGGUCUUGCCACAGCAUCUUAAUGGGAUUCAGGACUUUGAGUGGGUCACACCUAAACCUGAAUUUUGUUUCUUUUGAGCCAUACAGAUGUCGGGACUCAGAGCGCCCUGGCCCUCAGCCCCGAGUCCCAGAUGAUGUGAAAAAAUGUUGCUCUUUAAAUUUACUUUAAGUUAUUAUUCUAAUUUUGUUCUGCUCUCUAAUGCAAAAAGGGUAAUUCAAUCAAAAAGGAUUAAAAAGCAUUCAUUGAACAGAAGUUCAAUCUGUCCCAUGCAAACGCUUAUCUGCUCAUUUUCGUAGAGUACAUAGAUUAUAUGUGUCAUGAUUACAAGUGACAAAAUAUAAAAUUAUAAAAUUACUUGUGAAAGUAAGUCAAACUAUCAUCAAACUUGGCUAUAUCAAACUGAUUAAUACAGAUUAAAAAACAAUGUUAUUGUAAGUACUCAAAGUCAAAAUGUCAAUAAGGAUUAAAUCAAAUAAGACUUAAUUUACAAGUUUUACUCAACUACUCGUUACUGAUUACUACAUCCUAAAAAAAGGUGCGAACUGAUGAGUUACAUCAAAAGUUUAAAUCAAAAUGGAAAGAAGUUAAAUCAAAAGUUUAAAUCAAAACUAAAAUAAUUUAAAUCAAAACUUAAAUCGAAUCUAAUCAAACAUAAAGAAAAUGUAUAAAAUGAGAGGAAUUAAAACUUCAGACUUUACCAUUUCCCUCCUCCAGGGAAAACACAACCUAUAUCCCAGGACCCACCUAAUAGCAAAGAGAACAUUGCCAUAAUAUCUUAAUAAUAUAUAAUAAGAUCAAACUAGGAGUCUGAUAAACAUUGAAGUGGGCAAGAAAUAGUCAGACGUGAAGGGCAUAGCAUAAAUGGUCCACUCUGCUUAUAAAGUCUAACGAGUACAUUAUGUAAUCUUGUGACCUCAUUAUAUACAUAACAGGCAUCCCAAAUAGCCAUAUAGCCCAAUAAGGACCCUUCUGGCCCCCGGACCUUUCCGGUCCUAACUCAAGCCCUCGGCAAUUAACAGUGUCCAACCUCAACUCCUUGCAGUUGGGCAAUGUGUGUUUAACCGGAAAAGCAAAUCAGACUCACACAUAUGAGAAUAAUUUAAGUUAUGCAAUACAGUGAGUGUGGGCCCAUAGACACAAAAGCAAUGAAGUCCAAGUAGAAGGUACUGCAAGGCUGAAACUUAAAAAAUGUAAAAUGUAAAAGCUAAAUAUAUCAUGUAAAAGCUAAAAAUGUUGUGUGAGACUAAAUACAAUUAUAAUAAGUGAAAAGCAAACAAGAUAAAUGUGUACAAGAUAAAUGUGUAAAUAGCUAGCACAUAAUAUACGAGAAGAUAAACAAAGAAUUACAAAGUUUGUAGACAAUGUGACGUGUCCUCUUCUGCCCUAUUGACUUUACGCCAAGUAGAAGGGCUAUUUGCAGGCAUGAAUGAGAGGUCAUUAAUACAUCAGUUCUGCCCGAUCGAUCAAUGAAGUUAGAUGUCAAAGGUGACAGUGUGAUGAUCUGGUAGAUUUUCAUACUGGGGUAGGUUUUCAUUAAAGUCGUCAUCACCGUGAUGAGUAGUAGUUAUCAUCUGGUGAAUGUGUCUUGCGUCUUUCCUCGUUAGGGCUGUUUCAAUCAGCCUCUCUAGAAGUCCUCGUGCACACGGAAUAAUACAGCAACCACAUGCCUCCAGAAGUCCUACAACUGUUGUCAAGGACAAUAGUAGUGAUUUAGCCAAACUGGACCAUUUUCCGUCCCAGGAUUCCAUCAUCUUGGUGAAUGGAUUAUCAAUGCCUGAGUUCUCUGCCAGUUCAUUAGCUAAAGCAGUCAGGCCUUUCAGGGCCUUAGUAACUGAACCAUCUGGGGCAGUGCUGUUUGGAAUGAAUAUGCAACAGGUAGUACCAAUCUUAACACAAACCCCUCCUUUUUUCCACCAAAAGCAUGUCAAGUGCAAGUCUUUUUUGCCAUGUCAUUAAACUAGUGGCAUCAAGGUGUUCAGAAAGUCCUCCUAUAGCAUCUCUGGUGAAGUUAAUGAACCAUUGUUGACUGUAGUAGAUGUAAUUGAUCCAAUCAACAUGCUUAUUGAUAGUUGACCACCAGAAAAAUACUGAUUCAAACCCUGCUGCUAUUUGGUCUCUUGCCUUAAACUUAUCAGGGACCCCUCUUGGGACCCCUAUGGCAUCAAAAUAGAUGGUGUUGUCAAAGCUGCCAGGAACAGCUGCUGAUCUCGUGCCUUGUCACAUUCAGUAAUUAUAGUUAUUGGCAUUGUAAGUACAGUGAUGGUGCAUGUGCCUGUCCAGGUCUUAGGUAAAGUCGGUCUUAAGGUGGUAGGUAAGCAAUACCACCAAAUGUCAGCUCUAGCUACUAGCAUAGUUGAGAAGUUAAGUGAUGAAAUGUGAGAUGUGUAUUGCGAUUAGUUGACAUUCGCAUAGUCAUCAAGGCAAAAUUUUCUGUCCGCUUGCCUCACAUAGUUUAGCUAUUUUACUGAAUGCGUGGCCCCUGUACCCACCAGAAAAGGUAGUGCUUGUUGACCAUUGAUUGACACCUGCAGUUUGGGUUCCCCCACUGAUGUAGAAGCCUCCAAUUGCAGAUACUCCCCCUCUUGGUUCUCUGGGCCCCGUCAAUAACAAUCUUGAUUUGAUUGCUCUCCACUAGGGCAGCUAUGACUCAUGUGUCCUGCUUGUCCACAUGUCCAGCAUGUAAUUGGGGGUCGUUGGUAUUGUUGACCACUUUGCAUGUUUGGCAUUUGUUGGGUUGCCACUAGUGGUGGAAUGCCCAUUGGUGGCAUUCCCAUUGGUCUCAUUGGGCUUCCUCUUCCUCUGUUUCUUCCUCUUCUUCUUCCUCUGUUUCCUGGUCCUCCAUUUACGUAGACAUUGAUGGGCUGUACUCCUGCAGUUACUGGAACAGACUGGGUAUUUGGCCAAACUUGAGUGUUAUUGACUAUCAUUGGAUGUGGUUGGACUGCUUAGUUUGGUUGUGUCAUAUUUGGCUUGGCUGCAUUAGGUUUGAUUGUAUCGCUUGAUUUGGUUGUGUUGUGUUUGCUUGAAUCACUUGAUUUGGUUGAGUCACCACUGCUGCCUGUGUGACAAUGUUUUCUUGUGGAGCUAACAUCUGGUUUUGUUGUUUAAUUGCUGGGUCUCCUCCUUGAUGUGGUGUUGUAACAGCAGCUUGAUUGGCAGUUUCAUGUUUUUUCUUGUCUUUUUUCUUCAACUCAUUCAGUUGUGCUUGUUGUAGGCAUGCUGCCAAUUUCUCACUGGUUUCUUUCUCCUUUUCUUUCUUCUUCCUGUGUCUUUCCACAUGAUGAAUUGCAUGGUCUUUGAAGACAUUCCAUUCCAUGUUGUGUAGGCCCACAACUUCAUCAAGGGCAUUUUGUACUUCUUGUGGCAAGCUUCUUUUCAACAUCAUUUGAAAAAGUAUUUGAUUGGUUUUAGUUUGAUUCCAGGAUGGUCCAGUUUCUUCCACCCAUUUUCUUUGAAAGGUGCUGAUGAAUUCAUUCAUGCACAUACUUGGUUUCAAUUGUGUUUCCAGUUGGCUGGGAUCCAUCACUGAUGGGUAUUCUUUUCUGAUUGCAUCCCACACAUUUUUUCUGUAUGUGUCAAAGGACAUGUCAUCACUGUCAGCUGAUCUGAUGAAAGGUGACAUAUAGGCCACUCCAUUCAUUCAGAUUUGGCAGUUGUUCAAUCAAGCCUUUUAAGUCAGUGAAUGACCAGGGCACAUAAGUGCCUUUGAGUCCUUUAUACAGUAGGGGAAACUCAGUUGUAGGGGCUUGUUUUAGUGAUCACAAAUUAUAUCUGUGUUGACAUCAGUCUUAAUAAUAAUGAUAAUAAUAAUUCUUUAUUUUUAUAUAGCGCUUUAUCAAGGACCCAAAGACGCUUACAAUAUAAAGUACAUAGAUAACACACUUAACACAGACAACAAGAGCUCAGUAAUACAUACAAAAAAGAGAAGGCAGUAUAUGGGAGGUCAAAUGAAGGAACAAGAACAUAGCAGACUAAGGGCAGGAUAUGAGUGUGGUGAGGCAGACCAGUUUACAUAAGAAAUGCUGUACAAUGGCAGGGUCAGACAUUGAAGGUAUGAGGGAGGUUAUAGGCAAGUGCAAAAAGAUAAGAUUUCAGGUUAGACUUGAAUAUGGAGAGUGAAUUGGAUUGUCUGACCAGUAGUGGAAGAGAGUUCCAGUUUCGAGGGGCAGAUCUUGAGAAGGCUCACUCACCAAAGCCUUGGAGGUUAGAUGGCGGGAUGGUAAGUAGUCCAGCUGAAGACGAGCGAGAGGGUUUAUAGGGAAGAAGAAGAUCAGACAGGUAAGAAGGGUGAGAUUGUUAAGAGCUUUAUAGGUGAGCAGAAGAAUUUUGAACUGUAUGCGAUAUUUCACAGGAAGCCAGUGGAGACGUUGGAGAACAGGGGUAAUGUGGUGAUGUGCGCGAGUGUGGGUGAGGAGACAAGCGGCAGAUUUCUGAACCAUUUGAAGUUUGUGAAUGGAGGAAGAGCUGAUUCCCGCUAGAAGAGAGUUACAAUAGUCGAGAUGGCUGGAAAUGAAAGCAUGCAUGAGGAUUUCUGCAGCUGACUGAGAGAGGGAUGAUCUGAUUUUGGCAAUAUUGCGCAGAAGGAAAAAUGAAAUUAUCACAAUGGAGUUAAUAUGAGCAGUGAACGAGAGUUGGAUCUUCACCAUUACUGAAUUCCACAUCAGAAGCAUAUUGUUCUUCUUCUUCAUUUUGCAAUUGUUGUUUCUUCCUUACAUUAGUUCUUGUUUCCAAUUUUCCUUCAUGUCAUCCAUUCCAGCCUGCGUUUUCUUUUGAUGGUUAUUGAUCUCCUCCCGUUCCCUCCAUUUGUUUUUUCUGCUGUUCCACUUGUGCUCUUUGUGGUUCCACGUGUUCUUCUGUCCAGCGUUUCAGUUCUUUCAGCGUUUGUUGUUGCUCCCGUGCACACUUGACUAGUGAAUCCAUUAACUCCUGCAUGGCUUGUUGUCUUCUUCUUGCAUCCUCAAGUGGUUCAAUAAUUACUUCUCCGUGAAUUCGUGGAGAGUUGGCUCACCACACAAGGGGUUCCUAUUUAGCUCAUUUAUUUCCCAUGAUUUAUUUUAAUAAUGCUAUAAUCCUUCUCAAUGAAUUAAGACUAUUUUUGUAAGGUUCAUAAGGACUUAAUGAAAACUCCUCUAAACUCUCCUACAGGCGGGGCAGUGUGUGUGUGUGUGUGUGUGUGUGUGUGUGUGUGUGUGUGUGUGUGUGUGUGUGUGUGUGUGUGUGUGUGUGUGUGUGUGUGUGGUCUGCUUCUCUGUGUUCCUCUGUGGGCGGGGCUGUGUGUGUGAGAGUGUAUGCAUGUGUGUAAAUGUAAGAGCAACUGCUCUGGGUUUCUCUGUGGGCGGGGUGGUGUUAUAAGAGAACGUGCUGCUUCCCCCUCCUCUUUCCCUCUGUGUCUUUCCUCUCUGUCCUUACUCCUCUCUGCCAGGCUGCCAGCCACUCCAUUCAAUAUGUUGAGACAAAAUCUUUUUUUUUUUUUUUGAUUAGUAACUUAUACACAAUUUCUUAGACAAUUGAAAAUAUUAAUUCUAAAUAAUCAAACUCUUUACUUAAGUUUUUCAGUGCUUUAAAUUUUUAAAUCUUUAUCAACUAUGCCUUUACCAUGUUGACCAAGCUAAUUUAAAGGUAGACCAGGGCAAAAAUAAUCUCUCUUGAUCAGCUGAUUCUGGGAAUCUCUAAUGACAUGUUGGAUUCGUCCAAGGACUGUCCUUCUGUCAUCCGGUGUAAAGUGUAAUAUUACUGCUUCCAAAUCUGGAUUUGGCUGCAAAAUGCCAUAUAUUGGUUCUGUCUCUGUUAUUUUAAUCCAUCUAACAGGGGUCCACCAGUUUGUUCCUUUUGCUCUCUGCCUUGUCAAUAUCUGAUCUCUUUUUGAGAAAACAAAUAUUGAAGCCUUAUCUCUAUACACGACAUCCAUUUUUAUCUAGUAUUUUUACACUAGGCUGUUCUAUGUGGAACGCCUCUACCAGAAACAGCAGAUUCGUUCACAACUGCAUUUAUUUUUCCCACUGUGACAGCUGGUCUUAUCAACAAUUCACUGCACUGGCUCUGUCCCCACACAUCAAGUCUGUCAAUGAUCACAGAACUUACCAAACUUCUGUCCCAGAGUACUUCUCUUCUUAAAAUCGUUAAGCAAAUUUCUAAUUCUCGACAUUUUCUGUCUUCUAGAGGGAGACCAUAUUGGCCCCACACCAAAACGUCACUAGCCAGCAGCGAAAGCAAUAUUAAGCUUAAUAGGUCUUUAUUCCACACUCUUUUUAUUCUCUCUUUUAGACUAUGGUCAGGAAAAACUGUCUCAACUUCAUCCCAAUUAACCCAUUGUGUUAGCUCCCACAAUUUCUCAUUAAUCAAUGCAGCUGACUGCCAAUAUUCUUUCCCUUGGCAAUCUUUGUACGUACGCUCAAGCCAAAAAUGUAUUCUUAUGCCCUGAGUCUCUCUUAAUAGGGAAUUCUCCAUAGGCAAAACCACAAUUAAUCUUCUAGUCCGAUCACUCGGCUCACGAUUGUCGCUCCUAGCUCUUGAUCUAAAUGUCUUCUCAGCCAAGGCUUGUUACUAUGAAUGAAAUUAAUUCCAUUUUAAAACUCUAUUAAUCUCCACUUCCUUACUCCAAAUUCUCGAUCUUUUUUAACGUGAACACUCGUAAUAUUUGUUAUAAGAACUGUCAAACUUUUGUAAUCUAUCCUAAUUUUACACCAUACUUCAAUCAAGUCAAGCAUCUGUCUAUCUUCUCCUCCUCCUUCCAAAUAACAGUAUUUUCACAGCUUUAAAAGACAGCGCUGGCACAUAUUUUUGAGUUACUGGUAAGAAACGCGUUUCAUCCGCUCUGAUAGGUCUCCCAAAAAGAUAUAUUUUCAUCAUUUAUUGGUACCCUGUUACUUUCAAUUCUUGUUGUGUAAUUUUGUUAUUACCGUAACAGAAAUGACUCUGAUUAUAAUUCUCUCAAAUCACACAGACAUUUAAUUCAGUUCAAGUUAAAGUGUUAAUUCUAAUUUUGUUCUGCUCUCUAAUGCAAAAAGGCUAAUUAAAUCAAAAAGGAUUAAAAAGCAUUCUUGCAAAAGUGAAAGAAACCAGACUUCAGUAGAUGAGUUCUUUUUUGAAGGAAGGAAGGAAAAGGUCCUUUCUUCAUUUAUUAAGCUUCAAAGUGACAAGAUGGCCACAAUGCAAAGAUACAAUGCAGGACAUCCUUCUUUAUACUCUGUUUGGUACCUCCCUGGGGUGAUUUCAUUGCCCCUCCUUUUUAAUAUGACCUUGAAUCUCUUUUAAUUCCCAUUAAAUCCAGCUUUUCAGAUUUUUCUGGUAACCCUUAUUUCUCGUCAAACUUAAGAUAUAUUUUUUUCAAUAAUUUUCUCUGCCUUGUUUUAUCAAGUCCUCCUGUCCUCCCUGAGACUGAAACUUGAAACUUCCUUAGUAAUUUGGCUCAAAGACCAGUUUUUGCCAGUUCUUAUCAACUAGUCUUCCUAUUUGCUAGCUUGUAUUCAUCUGUUUGCUGUGCAAGCAGUGUUUCUCAACCCUCCCGACCUUCCAGGUGCUUUUCUGCCACAAAAACCCUGUCAUACAAUGCCCUGCCUGUUGUCUGGGUCAGAAGUUCAUUCUGUCCCAUGCAAACGCUAGGCCUGUUUUCUGAAUGAAGAAAUCUGUCUGUCUCAAUUAUAUGGCUGUAACUUUAUUUGAAUAAUUUCUAAGUGAAUGAUUGCUACAAAACUUUUAUUAAAUUAUGACUCAAGGACAUAUUCCUUCAAAAACCCAGACAUAAGAUAAAGACAACAUGAGUAAACACAAAAUUCAGCUUUUAAAUGAUCGUUCCAUUUAUUGAAGAUGAAGAUUUACUUAAAACAACUGUAACAACUGCAGUCAAACAUUUAUGAUAACUUGCAAAGAUUCUUUUACAUCACUGUGAAGGAAUUUUGGCCCACUAUUCUUUGCAAGUUGUUUCAUUUGGCUGCAGUGAAGGGUCAUGAAGCCUGAACUACCCAUUUAGGGUCUUGCCACAGCAUCUUAAUGGGAUUCAAGUCAGGACUUUGAGUGGGUCACACCUAAACCUGAAUUUUGUUUCUUUUGUGCCAUACAGAGCUGGCCCUGCCUGUGUGCUUUCAGUCAUUGUCCUUCUGCAUACCCCAACUGUACUUGACCUUUAGGUCAUGAACUGAUGGGCAGACAGACAUCUGAGCUAUUUUCUCCUUGCCCAAAGCCCCGACAUAUGAGGUUUAAAUACUAAAACUAUUCUGUACAGUGGUUUUGUCCUAAUUAUUGUCUAGUCACGCUAAAAAAAAACAAAAAACAAGAGUAUUCAACAAAAAAUAAAAGAAAGUAGAAUAAAAGACUGGUGGACAAGGUGGAAGGGAGGAAAAGGCCCUCUUCAUUCAUUGAGCUUCAAACGGCAAGAUGGUUCCCAGACAACCACACAUGCAAAGAUCAUCACAAAGCACCCUUUUUUAUAUCCUAUUUUGGGGUGAGCUCAUCACCCCACCCCUCCCUUACUAUAUGACUUUGAAUCACUUUUGGUUCCCGUUAUUUAAUUUGACACUUUCCUUGGAAACUUUUAUUUACAGCCAUCCCUGGGAUCUGUUCUUUUUAAACUUUCCCAGCCUGGCGGUACCAGGCCAAGGACAUCAUUUUGACACUUACUUUAUUAAUUUGUCUCAAGACCUGUUUUUUUUGCUUAUCAGCUUACUUCGUUCUUCGAGGGUCAGCUUGCCUUCGUCUUUUACUAUGUAAGCAACUUUGCUGGCCUCUCCAAGCUCCAGGUGCAUUCCAGUGUCCAAACUCCCAUACGCAAACAAUCAAGGCCUGUUCCUGGGUAAGAGGAUUCAUCUAUGUCAUUUACACAAACAACUCAAGGCCUGUCCUUGGUGAGAGGAUUUAUCAACUUCAUUUAUGUGACUAUAACGUAUUAUAGUCAUUUUAAAGUAGUGUUUUUUUAGGAAACUUAUUAAAACUCCACACAUCCUCCUUUUGAUAGAGAGCAGAAUUCAUGGUUCCAUCAAUUAUGACAAGUCGUCCAGGUCCUGCAGUAGCAAAGCAGCCCCAGAUCAUCUCACUACCACCACAUUUGACUGUUGGUAUGAGGUUCUUGGGGAGGAAUGCAGUGUUAGCUUUACACCAGAUAUAAUGGGACCCAUGUCUUCCAAAAAGUCCCACCAUUGACUCAUCUGUCCACAGAAUUUAAUCCCAAAAGUUUAGAGGUUUUUCUAGAUGUUUUUUGGCAAUUGUGAAAUCGGCUUUUGUGUUCCUUUUGAUCACCAGUAUCUUUCUUAAUGUGGAAACCUACAGACCUAAACUAAGGCAAGUGAGGCCUGCAGUUCUUUAGAUGUGACAUCCUGGAUGAGUUGUUGAGCUCUGUAAAAUGUUGGUAAGCCAGCCACUCCUGGGAAUCUCUUUAGAGAUUUUUUUGAGACCUUUUAGCCUGUUUCACACUGCCAGACAGGCUGUAUUUAAGUGAUGUUUAGAUUCAGCAAGUCUGGCAGUCGUCAUGUCUGGGUGUGGCUAUUAAACCUGAACACAAAAAUCAGCUGAAUUUGGUUAACUGGUUGAUUUAGUAGCUAGGGGCAAUUACUUUAUCACAUUAGGCCCGGUCGGGCUAAACAGAAUUUUUUCUUCAAUAAAUGAAAUCAUUAUUUACUUGUUUACUUUGUAUUUGUUUACUUUGUUUUAUUUUUGUCUAAUAUUAAAAGUCGUUGGAUGAUUUGAAACAAUCAAGUGUGACAAAUAUGCAAGAAUAGAAGAAGUUGGGAAGGGGCAAAUACUUUUUCACAGCAAUGUAGUCCAUAGCACUUGUAAAAUAAUGUAUAUAGAUUAUGGACCAAGAGUAUCAAUUACAUUUUAUGUCAUUUUCAUAGUUAAUUCACAUAUUUGGAUUUUCUACUAAUUUAUGACCAAAUGAUUAGAUUUAACAUGAAAAAUUAAGCAAUAAAACACAUUUUUUGGCCAUAUGUUUUUUGCUAAUUUGAAAUAUUUGUAUUCAGGCAAGCCCAAAGAACAUAAGGACCAAAGGAACCUGAACAUGUCAGGUAUGGACAGUAAUGAGUUACUGUAAUAAUGGAGUGGAACAUUGGUGACAAAGUAAAAGCUUAUGGUAGUUUUAUGCUGGAAAAUGCUGGAAACCUUUUCGACUAGGGUUAGAAUCGCACAGACAAAGUGAUAUUUCUAAAUGUGCUUCACUUUGCAAGAAUAAUACUUAAUUGCAGACUCAGUUUAUCAGAAAUCCUCUCAUCUGCUGUUCUCUGUGCUUUUGUCUUGCUGCUCUGUACCUCCUGUGCCUUAAUUAAAAUAUGAUGGAAAAGCUGACGGAAGAUAACCGCUUUUUCAUUCAGAAAGGACUGAUUUUACAGACAAAGAAUAAGCCUUAACCUAGACUGAAGAAGGUUUUAAUGUGGAUUUUCUUUUGCUGAAUUAAUGUCUAGAAAACCUGCUUCAAUAGGAAUGAAUGUCAACUGAGUGUCCACAUUCAGGAUUUCUAGACAUGGAUUUUAUUUUCCAUAUGAACAUCUACUAUUUUUAUGCAUGCACUUUAUAGACCUUUUGUAUAUAACUGCACACACUGGAAUAUGUAAAUAGUUACCAAAGCACUAUUUUUCAUGUAUUUUGCUAAUAAUACUAAUACAGCUUAAAAUAAAGCACUUUCAAUAAUCAG